AUGGUCUCAACCAGUGCUCACGCUCCUACUCAUGGAGCUCAAUGUGUGUCUUCUGGAUUAGGCCACCACUUCGUUAGCCCGAAGAAACCCAGAGACAAGAAAAAGACUCAGAAACAUGUCGAGUUACCUGAAAAAUCUCCAGUCAAACACCACAUUUUGCCAGACAAGGCUAUGGAUUCGUCGUAUAUCAGCUGGAAAACACUAAUACCCUUCCUUAUCGAACCUCAUCUCAAAUAUUCGGCACGAACGCUAGUGACAGCACUGGAGAUCACCCCCAGGGUUAUCUCUGCAUUCCUCCUUUACCAUGGUUUAUUUCCAACCGCUCCCUCACAACCUCAUAUGGCUGUCUCAAUCAAACUUCUAUCAUUUUAUCAGGCACUUUUCGAAUGGUCCUGUGAUGCCAUCAAUGUCUUAGCGUCAGCUCUAAAAACGCACUACUCUUGCAGAGGUUUCGUCAUGACAGAUAAACGAGGGGAAAUUAUUCAGGAUCCUUUUCGUCGAGGCCUGGGCUAUGCUGUACAAUGGUACUACAUUCUUCAAGUCCAAAUCGAACUCGAAGAAGCUUUGCAGAAUAGCCAUGACCGGGUGGCAACCCUUCAUCCUCAAACAGAGGAUCACGUCUCAACCUCGUCACCUUUGUCUACCCUAUGUAGAGGCCGCUGUGCACCCAUACUUAUUCAACGGUGUCCUGCAUGUUUUGGAGGGACAAUGGGAUUGCCCCGCUUUUAUGACCCCACUUAUUUCAUUCCAAAGCAGUUUGUUGAUGAUGUUGGCCGCCGUAUAGAGGCUCAACGUAAGAGGCCUGCCAAGUCGGCUGUACCCCUCGUUCCUGACGAGGCUAUCGACCAAUGUGAAACUGCUUAUGAAGCAGCCGAUGGGAAGAAACAGAAGGCAGCAAUGGAUAGCUUUGAUGAUACUGGCAUCAUGGCACUCAUAUGUCGUCAUGAUAUCCCUCUUUUUUUUGCUAAUAUCGACUCUCCGGGAGAACAGCAGAAAUAUUUGGUGGCCCUCCUGGAACAUUUGUUCUCGUUGAUCCCACCUUAUGCUACAGUUGUAGCUUUGUAUGAUGUCGGGUGUGUCCUUGCCCGAUCCCUUAGCAAGUAUGACAUUCUCCCUGGCAGUAUCGUCUCACGUUUGCACUUUGCAACCACUGCCAUGCAUGCCUAUGGGCAUGAGUGGGCAUGUCAGCUAGUGUACAACCCACGCAUGUGCAUUGGGCUGGGUCUUUCAGAUGGCAAAGGAACCGAGAGGCUCUGGUCUUUCUUGGUGCACCUAAUUGGUGUUGAAAGGUCGUCAUCGCGUCAGCGCCAUCUCUGGCUGAUCAACCGUCAGGCCGCAGCUAUAGAAUCCGAAAUGCAAAGUGACUUAGGUGAUUGGAUUCAACAAUGCCUCAAAUGUGGUGUUAAUGACCAGGGAACUGCUGCCCAAGAGGUGCUCGAUCAAUGCGAACUAUCUGUCAAUGAUCUCGAGUCAGAAUGGUCUCAGCAACGAAGCUCGCAGCUCUCAGUCCGCGCACAUAAGUAUGCCCCUGCUCGCCUUAAAAAGGGGUUAGACACUGUAUUGACCCUACAGGCUGACCUUGAUACCUCCGAUACAGCACUACAAUCCACCAGGCUCAUGCUCGAGAAAGGAACUGCCUCGCAAGACACUCUGGAGGCUCUGGAGGUUCUUGAGAGAGGACACAAUCAUCUUAUGGCCAAAGUCAAAAUUUUAUACGCAUCCCUCAAUAUUCACGACCAAUUCCCCGAACUAGAAGGCAUCAAUUUGGACUUCGUUCAGCUUCUUCUGAUGGCGCGUGACUUGAAAAUGAACAUUCGCAAAUGGGCAAUCACAAGUUUUUUUGAAUGGGAUAAACUUGACCGUGCCGUUGGCGGAGCUCAGCAGGCAUUAGGCACAAAAUUACAUCAACAAACCCGCAAAGCUAUUGCUAAGCGCCAACCCGCUCUGUUGACAGCACUCAGGAAGUUUAAUGCUUACUGUGAGCACUUAGAAGUGUUAUAUGACCCUUCUUGGGGGAUUCCUUUACCUAAUCCUCUCCCGACCAAGCUUGCAGAGCUGCGCAGUGAUCCCACUCUAAUGGAAGAUGUGUGGAUUACGCCAUCGACAGGACAAGUUCCUCAGUGGUUAGAAGAUGCUGAUAAGUGGCUCGGUAUCGAGGCCAACAAUCUAUGUCGUUUCUUUGGGGAAGAACUUGCUGCACUCGAGCUUGCACUCCGCACACCAGGAUGUGAACUUAUAUCUGUCUUGCUGAGGCAGCACCGCAAUCAAUUACUCAGACUUCAAACCCGCUGGGCAAACCCAUUAGCCUCUUCGCUUCGCUUCACAUCCCGUGCCAAGGAUGCACUGGAGAUUGCCAUCACCCUUUCAGGUGGUGUCCAAUCACCAAAUGUGCACUGGCUCAGCACUACGUUACUGGAAGUACCUGAUCCUGAGGGAGAACUCAUUGAAUUUGAACAUGCCGCUCUCGCUGAUGUUAUAGAGGAUGAUUUGGGUCGAGAGGAGGUUCGAGACUUCGAUUCGAUGGAUCAUGUUAAUGACGCUCAUGCUGUCAUCUUGUGGGAGGCUCCCGAGGAGGAGCAUGUCAUUGUUCCAGGGACAGUUACCGGAAGAGAACUACCUUCACGAGAUGGAUACCCUCAUCAAAUUUUCGAGCCAAAGGACAUUGCCUUGCUUACCUCACCCACAGCAUUUCUUAACAAUACUUGUAUUAAUGGGUGCACCGUUUUGCUAUUUUCCGAACUAAAAAGUGUCUCCACUGGUUGUUGCGCUUUAUUAACAACCCACGACCUCCCUCGCAUUCAAUACAAUGCAUCUGAUGAUAUUCUCUGGCGUAAUGUAUCAUACACACGUUACUGGGAGAAAGAUAUUUGGAUUCUUCCGAUCCAUCGUCCCUCCAAUAUUGGCCAUUGGGUGCUGUGCGUUAUUCGGUUCUCCAACAAAGAAUUGCAUCUGUUUGAUAGUCUGGCUGAGAAAAAACCUUGGAAAAAUGAUGUUAAGGAUAUCAUGAAGCUUAUUGCUCGUCUCCUUGCUAUCGCACGCCAACGACAUCAUCACGUCACCACUGAACUUGACGGAUGGACAACACGGCCAUUGAAAGUGAGUAAUAAUUUGAGUCUUUGGUUACAUGCAUCUAAACUUUCUUCUGAGACCACGCCUGUACAGACCAAUGGUUAUGACUGUGGAGUAUGGGUAUUGGCAGCAGUUGCUGCUGUCUUACGAGGACGUCAUGUAACAGGACUCUGUGAGGAUGAUAUGCACCACUUGCGGCAUUAUCUACGAGCUCUCAUUCUUUCUGUACCGUGCCUCUAG